AUGCGAGUAUCACGGCCUUCCUUCAAUCCCGGACGAACGAAAAACCUCAUUCAUGGGGUACAAGCCUUCAUCAUCUUUCUCGCAUGGGCUUUGACCAUUGCCGUCUUCACAAAGGGUGAUGGGAUCGAUGGGCGGUCAGCCUGGUACUGGGCCUUGGUGAGCCUCAGUCCUCUAUUGCACUUCUGGCAAAGAAGAAACGUGGACUUUGCAGCUAAUGUGUCGGCGCAAAUGCAGUGUUGGCUCAGUAUCCCAGGCCUAAUUUACCUCGUCGCAGUGCCCAUGUGGCCACGCGCACGACGAUUUGGAAACGUCUAUGCUUUCGCUACGGUCGACUGUCUAUAUGCCAUUCUGUGGUUUUCUGCAUGGGUUUGCGUUGCAAGCUAUGUCGCGCAGGGAAAGUCCGAGGGUAAGAGCGACAGUGACAGCGAUAAGAAUAAAGAUAGCAAGAAGAGUGGGUGCGACGCAUGGAAGUACGGAAGCGCCAGCAAAUGCAACAUUAGUACGGCAACGGUUAUUCUGGGGGUUGUGAUCUUCCUUCUCUUUGUUGCGACCGCUUGGAUGUCCUUCCGCAACGUCGUGCAUUUUCGCCGAACCGGUACUCUUCCCGACGCUGUUUCCGAUCCUACAUUCGCUGCACAGAGCAAGGCCGCUUUCUCCUCGAACCCUGCGCAUGACUUUGACGAAGAGGAGGAUGAUUUCCGCUCCGGACGUGCUGGAAUGGGCGCUUCUGUUCGUGGUGAGCAGGACGAGGAUUAUGCCCUGCUGCAUCAGAGCGAGGUAGACGACCUCGGCAAUGGCAAUGGACGAUCUGCAAUGCAUGGUGCCUAUGAUCCCACUGCUACCGGAUCAGGGAGCGUGCUUCAUGACUUCAACACCAGUUACGGCGGCGCGCACGGGCAACACUAUGCACAACCGUCUGAAUACGGUUCUACACUGAGUGGCUAUGGACGUUAA